GUCUGGACUCAUCGGUGAUAUGCGGGGACGUAGAAUGCGGAACAUUAUGUAGCAUAAUAGAGAAUUGCAGCUGUGUAACCAGGAACAAGGUGAAAUACAGAAAAUAAAUCAGCCGUGAGCACUUCCUGCCCAGGAUGCAUUGGUCAAUGGACUUGCUCCCCCUCACUCCAUAUUUGGAAUCAGGGGUCGGACCUCUGAAUGGGCUCCUGUGGACUCUUCUCCUUCUCUUCCUAUGGUACUGUUACCGGGUUGGCUCUGACCUUCCAGCCUCAGGCCGAACACACACAGGAAAGAUCAAGUCCAGUUCAAUGCGAUCAAUUUUAUCCCGUACAGGUAGUGCAAGAGCAGAGAACAUUGCAGCGUCCAAAGUGUUGUCCAGUGAACAGGGCACUCCAUGCAUUGCAUUGGAGACAGGAGAUGAAGAAGAACAAGGGCAGGGUUACCUCACACCAGUUUUAAGCCAAGUCUUGUUUCCAGCUCAGACCACUUCAAGUGGUAGAAAGUUGUAUGCAGCACUGCAAGAGUAUGCUAAGCGCUAUAGCUGGGCUGGGAUGGGUCGCAUCCACAAGGGCCUCCGUGAGCAGGUCAGGUCAAAAGACCGCUCCGCUAUCCAGAGGCCUCAUCUUUUCUUCCUUCCAGAUGUCCCAAGCAUCCCCUACUUUCCACGUGAUGCCCAUCGCCAUGACAUUGAAAUAUUGGAGGCCAACUACCCUGUUAUCCUGGCAGAGUUCCAGGCUAUCUACCAACGAGGAAUUGACCAGAAGCUUGGUUGGACUUGUUUUGGACCAAAGGGCCAGGCAGCAUUUCUCCUUUACAAUGCAGGUGUGUGUAUGACCGCCAACUGCCGCUCCAGCCCCUCCACCUACCGCACUCUCCUCUCACUUCGCACCUUCAUAAGCAGCAAUUCUUUGGGGGCUGCUGGAUUCUGGCUCUUAGGACCUGGGGCUACAUUGAGUGGAUCAUAUGGCCCCACCAACACCCGUCUACGCUGUCAUUUAGGUUUACAGACCCCACCUCAGUGUGAGCUAGUAGUGGGCGGUGAGCCUCAGUGCUGGUCAGAGGGACACUGCCUCCUGGUAGACGACUCUUUCCUUCACACUGUUUCCCACAAUGGGGUGGCAGAGGAUGGACCACGAGUCAUUUUCAGCGUCGACUUCUGGCACCCAAAUGUGGCUGCAGCAGAGAGACAAGCCUUGGACUAUAUUUUCUGCCCUGAACAAUGAACAUCAGUGGCCAUGUUUUUCUUGAAAAAAAAGGCAGCUGAGCUUCCUCUUCGAUUGGAGGAUUGUGAUUUUCAUUCUUAAACUCAACAUCUUUUCAGUGGAAAUAUCACUGUGUUAAAAGUGAAUCCCAUGGGAGAAAAAAAUAAAUCAUAUUAAAUCUAUUCUAAUCACUGAAAAUUCUAAUAAUCAAAAAUCAACUAAAAAUGUUUUACACAUUUGAACUAUGAAUUGUAAGAAAACAUAGACAUAUUUGUUUGAACACGUCGUAGCUGCUGACUCACGUGUUUUCGAAUAAAAUCUACCAUGCAUGUGCAGUGUAUGCAUGUGCUAUUGUAAUCUGUGCUGUAAAAUUUGUAUAAAGAUGGUGCCUGCUCAACAUAUAUAGGGAACGCUUUUUCACCCCAUAAAUAGCCAUACAAUAAUGUUUUGAUCUAAUACAGUCUGACUACAUUUACUGUGAGUUAUCAAAAAGUUCAAUGUGUAAAAAUGUAUGACCCACAUAUGUAUUUUUCUUAUUUCUAUGCCUUUCUAAUCAUUGGUUUCUCUAUUGUGCCUAAUGUUUUUUUUACAUUGUGACCUCUUUUUGGCAUAUACUGGAUAAUGUUUUUUUUAAUAGUUUUUUUUAUUAGUAUUAUGGUAGAGAAGAUGCACAUGAGGUAUAGUUUUAAGCACAGUACCUAUG